AUGACACCACCCGCUACUCCCAAUGGCUCGCAGGAGGACCUCUCGCCGCAAUCACCUCAGUACACUCCUCCUCCCGUAUUCCACAACUUCCUGCGAGCCUUCUACCCCUUCAACCCCAGCUAUGCCAUGUCCGACUCGAGCGUGACGUUACCGCUCAACGAGGGCGAUGUUAUUCUGGUACACUCAAUCCACACCAAUGGAUGGGCCGACGGCACGCUGCUGGUCUCGGGCGCCCGCGGCUGGCUACCGACCAAUUACUGCGAGGCCUAUGAGCCCGAGGACAUGUGUAACCUUCUCAAGGCCCUCUUGAACUUUUGGGACUUGCUUCGAAGCACCACUAUCAAUGAUAGGGAGAUGUUUGGAAACCAAGAGUUCAUGAAGGGUAUUAUUGCUGGCGUCCGAUUCCUAUUGGAGCGCACCAAUUGUCUGAACCGAGAAUCGCCAUUUAUCCAGAGGAGUGAUCCUCUGCGAAAGUGCCGCAAGUCUCUUCUUUCCGAACUAUCAUCGUUGGUCAAGACUGCCAAGCGGCUACAAGAGACGCAGCGUCUUGAGACUGCCCCCGCCGAGGAUGUUAACGAUAUUAUCGACGAAAUGAUCCUCAAGGCCUUUAGAAUCGUUACAAAGGGCGUCCGUUUUAUGGAUGUUCUUGAAGAGGACCGCAGGGCGCGUGCUCCUUCAGCUGUCAGUAUCAUGGAUACGGUACUCGAAGAGUCGUACGUUCCUCCGACGCCGCCGGCCGACCAAUCUACCUUUGACGAUCAAAGCCAUCGCGCCGUAAACGACACCGACUCCCAGGCCGCCACAAGUGUCGUAGCCUCUGAGUCGAGUGAGAGCACCCAGACGUCGGCCAUCUUGAAUAAGCGCCUCUCAUCUCUUUGCUCCCCCAAUGGCCCGAGCUCUCACAGGUUGUCCCAGGGAAGCAUGGCCCAGACUCACCGCCUGUCUGCCAGCAUUUCGCACAGAGUUUCUUUUGCUGGACCAUCAUCGGUAUCCAGAGCUCAUCAUCUCGUCACUGAGCGCCUGAACAAGAGUCACGAUACCUUCCUGUCCCACCUCGGCUCCUUCAUCGGCCGUCUCCAUCUUCAGUCCCAGUCCCGACCAGAACUCGCCUCAGCCAUCCGGCAAUCUGCACUCUCCGGUGGUGAGCUGCUUGCUGUUAUCGACGGUGUCUAUGACCACAUCAACUCCAGUUCCGAGGCCCUCGCCCAAGCGCGUGCCACAAUGUUUGAGCGAAUUCAGGACCUCGUCUUCUCCGCCCGCGAUACCCUGGUCAACGCUGCAUCCGAAGAGGCUGAUUUGAUCAUGCCGCACGACAAUAGUAUGCUUCUCGCUUCGGCCACCGGCUGCGUUAGAGCUGCAGGAGACUGCGUCGCCAAGGCGAAGGCUUCCAUUGAGCGUAUUGGCGAUUUUGAGUUUGAGCUUGAGACGAGCAGCCUGGGAAUUGAUCUAAGCAUUCUCGACAUUGAGAUUGAGACGGAGGAGCGCGCCAGGACCCCGUCGGUCGCUGAUCCCUCCGAGACCGCCAGCGUGACCGAGUCGAACCGUACUUCAGGCUCUUCUACUCCCGCACCUCGACGACUGACUGUUGUCGCGAUUGACAAGCCGCUACCUGAAGUCCCCCAGGUUACGACUCCCACCGACGAGCAGACGGCCCACCCUUCACCCGCCGGUUCUCGACGUUCCUCAGUAAAUGACGACCAGAUGUCCAGCAUGGCCUCUUCCGUCUCCUCUCUCCGACCCUCGCUUCCUCCUCUUCCCAAGCUUUCCACCAGCUUGCUGCCCAGCGGUGAAGAUUUUAGCCCCAUCGACAACACCAGCCACGACAACGACUUCAACUCGACCUCUCGCUUUGAGAGCAUGGUCGCCUCUAGCGCUGGCAGCAGCGCCACAUAUCUGAGCCGAGACUCCGAGGUCAGCAUCGUCUCACAGUCCUCUACCCGAGCUACAACACCCGACCACACUCUGGCUCCCCGCAAGCAGCCUUCCAUUUCUAACCUCAGCAAUGCUGGAAGCUCUUCUCAGACCGAGGAGGUGGAUGUUGAGUCGAGACUCAUGGAGAAGACAUUCGCUCACGAGCUCAUGUUCAACAAGGAGGGCCAAGUUACUGGCGGCUCUCUUCCCGCUCUUGUUGAGCGCCUCACCACCCACGAGUCCACCCCCGACGCCAUGUUUGUCUCAACUUUCUACCUUACCUUCCGACUUUUCUGCUCUCCGGUGCGACUGGCAGAAGCACUCAUUGAGCGAUUCGAUUACGUCCACGACUCGCCGCAUGUGGCUGGACCUGUCCGAUUGAGAGUAUACAAUGCUUUCAAGGGUUGGCUCGAGUCCCACUGGCGCGAUGAGACUGACCGACAGGCUCUGGACCUGAUCAUUCCUUUUGCCGAGUUUAAGCUUGCUUCUGUUCUGCCUUCGGCCGGCCGACGCCUGCAUGAGCUUGCGCAGCGGGUUUCAGGCGAGGGUUCGCUGGUGCCUCGGCUUGUCUCAUCAAUGGGCAAGACAAACACGUCAAUUGGGCAAUACGUGCCAGCCGAGACCCCCUUGCCUAUCCCUGCCAUCACCAAGGGACAGCUCAACCUCCUCACUGCUUUCAAGAUGGGCGUCGCUCAGCCCAGCAUCCUCGACUUUGACCCUCUGGAGCUGGCACGUCAAUUGACCAUUAAGCAGAUGACCAUCUUCUGCUCCAUUCUUCCCGAGGAGCUCCUUGCCUCUCAGUGGAUGAAGAAGGGUGGCGUUGACGCCCCUAAUGUCAAGGCCAUGUCAUCUCUGUCGACUGAUCUCUCCAACCUUGUCGCCGAGACCAUUCUUCAGCAGCAAGAGGUCAAGAAGCGCGCCCAAGUCAUCAAGCACUGGAUCAAGAUCGCACACCAGUGCCUUGAGCUCCACAACUAUGAUGGACUCAUGGCCAUCAUCUGCAUCCUGAACAGCAGCACCAUCAGCCGCCUUCGAAAGACUUGGGAUAUCAUCUCUACCAAGCGCAAGGAUAUGCUUCGAAACCUCCAGGCCCUUGUUGAGCCUUCCCAGAACAACAAGGUCUUGCGAACUCGUCUCCACGACCACGUCCCCCCUUGCCUGCCAUUCCUUGGCAUGUACCUGACCGACUUGACAUUUGUCGACAUUGGCAACCCAGCCACUAAGCAGAUGUCGAUUGGCCACGAAUCGGAGGAGGUUGGUGCUGGAGGUAUUACCAUUGUCAACUUUGACAAGCACACCCGCACUGCCAAGAUCAUUGGAGAGCUUCAGCGAUUCCAGAUCCCCUACCGACUGACCGAGGUGCCAGACAUGCAGGACUGGAUCUCGUCUCAGAUCAGCCAAGUCCGUGAUACCGACGAGGGCAACGUGCAGGUCAGCUACUACCGCAAGAGUCUGCUGCUCGAGCCCCGUGAGACGGCCAGCCGCCCUGCCGUCGAGUCCUCAGCCGCCUCCAUCAUGGGUGUCGGAGGCAGCCGUGCGGACCUCUUUGGCUGGAUGUCUCGAGACCGAGGCGCCCAAACACCAACACCCGCUCAAGUAUAA